UUAUAGAAUUAGGCAUUUGCUUUAUAGUUUUUAAAAGUAUAUUGUCAUUUAAAAUGAUAUACAUUCAGUGAUCAGUGAAAAUAUGAAAUUAUAAAUAAAAUAUGAUGUACACCACUACCAAAAGAAUGGGGUAAAAGAAAUAAAUAUUUUUAUCUGCAAGAAUGCAUUGACAGUAAAGACAUUUAUGUUACAGAAGAUUUUGGUAACACUUUAUUUCGAUGAUCCACUUUAAAAAAAACUACUAAUUAUAAGUAACUUUGCAAGUACAUCAACUUAUUCUAUUAACCCAAACCAUAACACCUAACCUUAACCUAACAGUCUACUAACAGUUUACUACAGUCUUUUGUAUUAAAGAGACAAUCCCUCUGCUUCCCCCUAAAGUCUUGGCGCACUGGUGAGGAUUCACAGGUAACCUCUUGUGAAGUAUGAGCCCCUCAAAACUCCUGCCCAUAUCUUAAACCAUAGGCUACACACGUGUGACAGUAAUAAUGGCAGGGCAAUAAAGCACAAUUAUGUGACGUGUACAUAAGCGAGGAGAUGGCAAGGAUGAUCAUGUUUACCUUUUGCUCUACUUAGCAGUCAGCACAGCGUUUUCUGCAACAGCUUCUGAAUCUGGAUCAAUAGCUUUUAAGGAUGGUAUGCUAAAUAUUCUGAUAGAGGUAAUAAACAUUAAAUUUGAGGUUUGGAUUGUUCUCUGGAGGUAUAAUGCAGUUGAAGACCUGCUGGUUUUGUAAUCUUUUUACAUUUUAUUUCUUGAUAUCAAUGGUUCAGUCAGAUCAUUCUGGUAGGAGUGGGAAAAGCUGUGGCUGCAUUUGGUCUCAUAUCAACUUAGACUUUGUCAAAAUAUCCCUGUUAUGGUUUGUGAUUGUCUUCUACACCUUAUUUGGGGCUGCUGUCUUCUCGGCCCUCGAGAGACCUUCAGAGCUGGAGGCACACUGCAGAUGGAACAGACAGCUGGCUGAAUUUGUUCAGGAUCACCAGGUUCCUUUGGAGGACUUGCGUGAGCUGCUGGGACACUAUGAGGGGGCCAUUGCCGCUGGCAUUAGAAUGGAACCACGGAGACCUCGAUGGGACUUCUCAGGAGCUUUUUACUUUGUGGCAACUGUAGUUAGCACUAUUGGUUUUGGGAUGGCAGCACCCGCUACCCUCAAUGGAAAAAUCUUUCUUAUCUUCUAUGGGCUGAUAGGCUGCUCAACCACCAUCCUAUUCUUCAACCUCUUUCUGGAACGCAUGAUAACGCUGAUUACAUUCCUCACACGCAGUUGUCGGAAGCAAAAACAAAGGACAAAGCUGAGUAAAAAACAUAUUGUCCCACAUUUAAACACACAACCAAAAAAUGAAGAUGGUCAGGAGGACUGGAAACCUUCAGUUUACUAUGUAACCCUCAUUUUGGCAUCAGUUGCACUUCUUGUGAACUGUGGAGCAUCGGGCCUGUACUCGGCUAUGGAGGAUUGGAGCUACCCAGAGUCUAUGUACUUCUGCUUUGUAGCUUUCAGCACCAUGGGUUUCGGGGACAUGGUGAGCGGACAGAAGGCCCAUUAUGAAGCACGUUUAGUCUACCAGAUAGCCAACUCUGUAAUGAUCAUCCUUGGCGUAAGCUGCACAUACUCUCUUUUCAGCGUCACUGCCAUCAUCAUCAAGCAGAUGUUGAACUGGAUUUUGUCCAAGCUGUUCAGUCUGCAUUGCUGUCAGUCUCAGGGCUGCUGCUCCGUCACAGGUCUGAAAGUCAAAGUACCGGCCAAUCAGCAGAUCCAGAACACAAGCAACCAUCACGGCAGCUGUCAUAUGGUCAAGGCCUCUCACCCUUCCAAGAGCAAGUGUAAGUGUGCCAGCACUGCAGUAGAAACCGUGUGCCAGUGCCAGGACACAGUGAACAGCGGCCCAACCUUUGAACAUGAAAUCAGAGAUUUGGAAAAACUGCCAAAGUAUUAUGCAGAGAAAGAAGUUUUCAGUGCUGUCAGCAAGAACUAUCACCUUAUGCAUCAUCACAGUGUGCAGGAGGAUGUGAGAACAGUUACACCGUCAAAUCUUCAGCAGCAAGGGACAAACAUUAAUGCAAAACCCAUACUGUAAAAAUAUACUGGUAAUUUAAAGGGAAAUUUUUCACCCAAAAAUGAAAAUUCUGUCAUCGCUUACUCACCCUGAACACAAAUGAAGAUAUUUUGAAGAAAAUGGGUGACCAAACAGAUGGACCCCAUUGACUUCCAUAGUAUGGAAAAAAAUACUAUGGGGUCCCAUCAACUGUUUGGUUACUCAUAUUCUUCAAAAUAUCUUCAUUUUUGGGUGAACUAUCUCUUUAAGUAAAAUAAUUGUAGAAAUGCGGUAAAAACCUGUAAACGGUUUUACAUUACUAUGUGAAAAUGUGAAUUAGAUUUAACAGGGUAAUGAAUUUAAGUUUUUAUUUAAGAAUUUAAAAUUUGUAAGUUUUGCCUCUUUGUCGCCAUCUCUGUUUGAAACCUGCAAUUGCAAUUGAGGAAUUAUCAUCUUUACCUGGGUUGUGCAUCAACAUGACUUCUCAGCGUGGAUGAAUCUAAUGCUUUGAGAAGAAUGUGUGGCUGUCAGUCACUGCACCGGUGGAUACUGUACUUCGGAAAGACAGGUUGUAGUUUUGGAAGUAUGACCAAAAUAAGAAUUUUCACUGGAAAAUGUCAUCUGAACAAGUAACAAAUCUGUUACUUUUGUUUUGACCAACUAAGAAAAAAAAGCAUAACAAUAAAUCGUGCUUAAUCACAUCAAA